CAUACGUUGAGCUGAGCACAGCUCCGGGUUGAACCGUUUCCAUGACAGGAAUUGCACAGUCACGCCUUGCCGAGGAGAGGAAGGCUUGGCGCAAGGACCAUCCCUUUGGCUUCUUCGCCAAGACCAAAAAACACCCCGAUGGUACAUUAGACCUACUCAAGUGGGAAUGCGGGAUUCCGGGAAAAAAAGGGACCAUUUGGGAAGGAGGAUUAUACAAACUUAAUGUUAUAUUCACCGAAGACUACCCAUCAGCACCACCAAAAUGCCAAUUCGACCCUCCGAUUUUCCAUCCCAAUGUCUACCCGUCUGGCACAGUGUGUCUGAGCAUUCUUGAUGCGGAAAAAGACUGGCGACCUGCUAUUAAUCUCAAGCAGAUCCUAAAUGGUAUCCAGAAUCUUCUCAAUGAGCCGAAUAUCAGCGAUCCCGCACAAGCCGACGCAUAUAAUUGCUUUCUGAAAGACAAGGCAGACUACGAGAAAAGGGUGAGGGCGCAGGCUUUAAAGAUGGUCAUGAGAUAAGGGGUACAUAUAAAAUCACGUACGCACCGGACAGAGUGUGUGUUCAAUCGCAAAUAUCAAUAGCAAUACUACUGGGAAGUAAAUAAAUAUGCGAUAUGAGGCGUCCUGUAUUUCUCUGUAUUGCUCAGCAAACAACUG